AUGUUUGUCUCCUCCGCCCUCGCCCUCGCUGCCCUCGCCGCUGCCUCUCCCCUCGGCCAGCGCAGCGACGGGCCGUCUUACCCUCCCACCAGCAGCUCCAAGGGCUUCCGUCUGGUGGCCAACGUCACCGACCUCUCUCGCGACCUGAGCCCCUCUGUCCAGAACCAAUACGUCACUUCCAUCCACGUUGGUGCAGCCCUCAACCUGGUGGGCGUUGGCUCCAAGGAUGUCAGCCGUCUCUUCUACAUCAACGGCACCGCUGGUGAAUUCAUGAGGGGAGAGGCCACCACCGUCACGGACGGAGCUACUCCUCCCGUCCCCUUUGGCUUCACUCUCACACCGGACUCAGCCGACUCGGCGCUGUCCACCGCCAAUCUCAACGCUGGCCCUGGCAACAAGGGCGAUGUCACAACCCGCAUCCCCGUUCCCUACGUCUUCCUAGCUCCCGAGCAGAUGGCCAUCUGCGACGAAUACGUGGCCUACUACCGCAAGAACAUGCAGAUUGUCAAGCAGCUCAACUUGAACAAGGACAAGACGCUUCCUGCCAACUGUGCCCCCGUCCGCCUCAUGGCCGAAUGUGCUGAGCUCAACGAACUCCCAGCUGGAUCCAUCACCAACCACGACAACGUCUACACCGGUGACUGCUACGACGAUGUGGCAUCUAUUGAGUGGUCCAAAUACACUGCCUGGGGCAACUAA